AUGGAAACCCUAUAUAAAGAAAUACCAUUUUCAAAAUUAAAAGAUAAUAAAAUUACAAACAAUAAAAAAAGGGACUUACAUAAAAUUGGUCAGUAUCAUAAUAACUAUUCGAAAAUAUUUCGAAACAAACAUACAUUAGGAUUUCGAAGUAUAGGAAGAACAAAAAGUUCAAUAAUAAAAAAAAAUAAAAGUAAAAGAUUGGGAAUAAUUACAAAGGAAAAUAUAAUAAAUUUAAUUAGGCAUAAUAAAAGUGAUGUACGAAAAAUUCGAUCUAUACUAUUUUUAAAAGCUUAUGAACAUUCAGAAUUAUUUCACAAAAAAAAACAAGAUAGAUUGGAAACAUUAAAACUAAACAAAUAUAAUAAAUGUAUUGAAGUAAAAGACGCAAAAGAAAAAGAGAGAUUAAAGUUGUUAAAGUUAUUAAAAAGUUAUAAUAUAAAAUAUGAGGGUUAUACAAAUUUAUAUGAUUUAUGUGAUUAUUCAAUUUAUUUUUCUGAACAAAAUCAUAAAAAUGUAGAAGAAAUAAAAGAUAUCCAAAUGUACAAAAUAAAUGAAAGAAAAAAAAAAAAGAAAUAUGAUAAUGAUAAUUUUUUGUAUUAUCUUGUAUCUAUUGGUAUAUCAUAUAAUGAUAUAAUUGAAAUGGCAAGUGUCUUUGAAAAUAUGAAAUAUUUAAAAUAUUGUAAUUUAUAUAUGCUACCAUGGAUAUAUAAAAAAGUAAAUGAAUUCCAUAACUAUGAUGUAAAUACAUUUGUUUUAUAUUGUGUAGUAUAUUCUAUAACAACAUUAAGUUCAUCUUUAUAUUUAUUUAUAAAAUAUAAAACAAUAGCUAUUAUAUUUCCAUUAUUUAUUACUUAUAUGUUUUUUUCUGCUCCAUUUUUAUUACAAGAAAUAAAUGGAGGUAGAUUUGUUUUAGAUGGUUGUAUUUCUUUUUUUAAUUCUAUAAAUACUUGUCAUUUGCCAAUAGCUAUUUCUUUAAUUAUAUCAUAUAUAUUGUCUAUAAUAAAAUGCAUAGAUUCUAUAUGUUUACAUUUGCAUUAUUUUUCUUACUAUUUUAUUGAUAAAAAUCCAUGGGUAUAUAAAAAUCUUAAUAAUAAAAUAUGUUCCAAAUUUAAUGGAAAUCAAAACAUUUGCAACAUCGGUAGAAAUAUUUGUUCUUAUAAUAUCGCUGAUGGAAAAUGUGAAAUAAACACAAUGAAGUUGAGUAUGAAAAUGUAUGAUACCUUAUUAAGAAAAUAUACAGAACCAAAGACAACAAAUUUUGGAGGGAAUGUUGUAUUAUAUUCAUUCCUUUUUUUAUUUUUAUAUAACAGUUUUUCAAAAUAUAAAUCGUCUAAUAAAUUAAUAAAAUUAUUUACAUUUUUAAUAAUUUUUAUUUUUACAAUCGAUAUUAUUUCUUUACGUGAUUUUUCCCUUCUUGAGUUAUUGUCAGUAGAUUUAAAUAUUUCAAAAAUAUUCAACAUUUUGUCAAAUCAUGAUGUAUGGAUUUCAUGUAUGAUCCAUUGUAUUGUUAGCAUGUCUUUUCAUUCCGGGAUUUACUUUUACACAUCCAAGGGACUUAGUAAUAAUUGGGAAGAACUUAAAAAAUAUUGA